UUCUUCUUCUUCGUGGGGGCUUCAAGUAUCCCCCUGCUUCUCACGGGGUAUAAAGGACCCUGGUCCACCUUGCACGGAGUCACAGAACAGAGCGGCAUCGCAGAAGCCGACAUGAAUCCUCUGAUCGCGUGUAUGAUAGUCGGUCUAGCAGGGUUCGCCCUGGCCGAACCACCAAUCUCGUCCGGCUACAGCUACAGCAGACCGAGUGGAGGUGGUUAUUCCGGUGGCGGUGGCGGCGGUGGUUACUCGUUCGGUGGUGGUGGUGGUGGUGGUGGUGGCGGCGGUGGAUAUACAUCCGUAUCUACCGGUUACCAGACCAACGAAGGAGCAUCCGUCGACGGUGCACUGCUCGAACAGAUCCGUCAAAUUCUGCUGAGGGAAGAGCAAAGCGGCGGCGGCGGCGGCGGCGGCGGCGGCGGAGGAGGAGGCGGCGGUGGCUACGCCCCAAGCUCGAGCUAUGGUGCCCCAUCGUCUCAAUACGGUGUGCCGAGCUCGAGUUACGGUGUACCAGGUUACCAGACACGCGUGGUAGGCAUCGAUCUCGAAGGAAUCAGGCAGGCUAUUCAAGUGGCGCAGUUCAAUCAAGUGAGUCAAGGGUCUGGCGGUGGCUACCCAAGCGGGCCAAGCGGAAGCUACGGAGUACCAAGCAGACCGAGCAGCAGCUACGGUGCGCCGUUCUAAGAACUGAACCACAGAUUGGAUGAUGGGAGAGCGAGAGAGGGAGAGAAAGAGAGAGAGCGAGUGAAGACACCGGUCGACCAUCGAUCGACUAUCUUCCGAGUCUGAGACUCUUAACGAAAGGAAGAAACCAAGUGGAGGAUCGAAACCUAUGGUCGAUCGAGGGAAACGAGAAAACUAUAGAUCAAGAUAAUUCAGGUUUCUAUAACUACAACUAAGGGAAAAUCCGCUCGGAAGGUUGCCGCGCAAUGGACAGAUCGUUAAGGAGAAUACUAUAUGAUAGAAAAUAGAAGAACGGUCCUAUUUUCCAAGUACGAAGAUGGUGGUCGUUCGACGAGUCAGGAUUCUCAGGGGUAAAGGACGAGGACGUACAAGUCCAAGGUGUACGUACAAGGUAACAUCGAGCAGGGAUUCCAAAGGCUCCUGUUUCGUUGAAAUCAAAUCGUCGUCGCUUCAACGGGCCACGAUCCUCCGAGGAAUCGCGGGCGUACGUACUAAAAGAGGUAAACGAAACUCCUGGCUGCUGGUUCGUUGAAGAAUAAAAAGGUCGUCACUUCAACGGGUCAGGGCUCGAGGAGUGAACUUGAACGUUCGAACGAACCGACCACGUUAUGAUAUAGGUCCAACGAUCGUCCAACGUCGACCAGGUGUCCAUCUUCUUAUCGUACCAAAAUCAUCGUCAUCGCGGUCGGAUCCACGAGGGAUCCAAAGAAACGUAACCAAGUGAUAGAAAACAAAAUAAAACGAAACGGAAAAAAGGAAAAAAAAGAAAAAUACAGGUCGAGAAGAGAAAAAGAGAAUCACUACAGAUCUCAAAGGAGAUAUCAACGUGACUACAUUUUCUAUGACUUCGAGAUGGCAUAGCCGUGGAGCCGGAGCCGAAGUCGAAGCCGUGAUCGGCGCGAGAACGCGCCUUGUAAAUACAAAUUUACACAUGCUUUCCACAGCGUUCGCUGCGUCAUCCGACAGCUAUCGAGGAGGAACUGAACGCGUACAUCGUCGUCGAAUCAGGCCUAAACAGUUCUUUCGAGGAGGAUCGAACAACCAGGCGAAACACCAAGAAGCAAGACAGACAAAAAGACGUGAAUUCGAGGAACGGAGCGGACGCUGACACGAAAAAACACACCUAACACGUACACACAGGAACACACACAUGGACACACGUACAGAUACAUUAUAUUUUUUUAUAUGUCUUAAACGCUACUCCUUAACUACGCAUCUUCUUUUUUAUACUUGUAUAAAGGCUUUUUUGUAGAAAAAAAUAAAAAAAAACGUCGCCACCGUUGAAA